AUGCCUUUCAAGAGACCAUUGGGAGAGCGAAUUGGAAAUAAAAUUUUACCAAAUUUCAUAAGACCACUUCAAGAUAAACGUGUAGUGGUUGGACAAAAUGUGCUACUUGAAUGUCAAGUAGAAGGUUAUCCUGAUCCGGUUGUAAAAUGGCUUAAAGAUGAUCAUGAUGUUACACAAUGUCCUGAUUAUCAAAUUUCAAGCAUUGGUGUCAAACAUCAUUUAGCAAUUAAAAAUGUGCAAGCAUCCGACAAUGGCCGUUUUACCAUUCAGGCAAUGAAUGCGGCUGGUAUUAAACAAUCAACAUGUAUGCUUAUUGUUGCACCCGCACCAACACCAAUUCCAGGUGCAAAAAGUGUCGCAAAUUCACCAGCACCACCACAAACACCUAUUGGUCCAUCAGCGCCAAUUUUUUUGAAAGAAUUAAAGAAUUCACCGUUGAAACCUGGUUUACAAAUUAUAUUAGAAGCACGCGUUGUUGGUUAUCCGGAACCACAUGUGGAAUGGCUAAGAAAUGGAUCAUUACUUAAUAAUUACCGCGCGAAAACAGAAUAUGAUACUCGAACGGGUAUUUGUUCGUUAAUUAUACCUCAAAUGUUUGCUGAUGAUAUUGGUGAAUAUACAUGUCGUGCGACAAAUGCACAUGGAGUUGCUGAAUCUUCCGCACAGUUGAUGCCACGAAAUGAAUUCGAAAAAUGGUUUAAUGAACAACAGUCGUUGAUUACAAGUGAACGAAAGCAAGCUAUGCUUGCAGAGUCUCAGAAACAAAGACCAGAAUCUAAUCGGCCAAUUUCUCGGACAACAUUUCAACAACGACAAACUGGUGUACAACGUCCAGCUACUAUUAUACAACAUCGCGAUAGUAUGACUGAAAUCCCUUGGGGUCUCAGUGAAAGUGAAACAGAAACGGAACUUGCAUCAAUAGAUUCACGUGGUUUUGAUGGACCACCUCGAAUGAAAACCCCGCUGAAAGGAUUACGAUUAACAGAAGGCACCGAUGCACUCUUACAGUGCAGUAUUACGGGAAAUCCUAAACCUAAGAUAACAUGGUUAAAGAAUGGAAAAAUUGUGGAUUUAAUUAAUUCAAAUGGUAUUAUGACUGUAUUCAAAGGAUCUCUUGCACUCAUGAAGAUCUCAUCAGUGGUACCAAAAGAUAGUGGUGAAUACACGAUUAUCGCAGAAAAUUAUUACGGAAAGGUUAAAUAUCUUUUAAGUUGA